UAAUAAAAAAAAAAAUUGUAUCGCAGAUCGCUUGCUAGCUAGUCCCAUAUAUUCGUCAUCGAAAUACCUAAGAGUAAAGUUUUUCGUAAGUGAGUUUUGGAAUAAGUGAAAGUAUUUUUAACAACAGACACAGCAUGGCAUUUGUAACAAAUGAUGUAUCAAUCGGUGAUGAACCUCGAGAGCUGCUGUUCGACAAGCACGUAGAGUACAUCGCUAACCAUGGCAACGAUAAAAAUGACUACGAAUACUGCAUGACGGAAUUUCUGCGAAUGUCCGGGAUCUACUGGGGCGUUACCGGGCUGGAUCUGAUGUACAAGCUAGACCGGCUGAACAAGCAGGAGAUAUUGGAGUUCAUACGAAAGUGUCAGUGCCCGGUGAGCGGCGGGAUCGCCGCGUGUGACGGUCAUGAUCCUCACAUUCUGUACACGCUCAGUGCAGUGCAAAUUCUGUGCAUCUACGAUUGUCUGGAGGAAAUAGAUACGGAGGCGGUAGCACGAUACGUUAGUUCGUUACAGCAAUUGGAUGGAAGCUUCUUCGGGGACAAGUGGGGCGAAGUGGACACAAGAUUCUCAUUUUGUGCCGUUGCUAUCCUUAAAUUGAUUAACAAAAUGAAUGUGAUCGACCUGGAAAAGGCCGUCAACUUUGUCAUGUCCUGUUGUAAUUCCGAUGGGGGCUUUGGUUCGAAGCCAAGCGCCGAAAGUCACGCCGGUUUGAUCUACUGUUGCGUUGGUUUUUUGUCCAUUACCGAUCAGCUGCAUAGAUUAGACUGUGAAAAGUUAGCCUGGUGGCUCUGCGAGCGACAGCUUCCCAGCGGUGGAUUGAACGGGAGACCCGAAAAACUACCGGAUGUGUGCUACUCCUGGUGGGUGCUGGCAUCGCUGACCAUAAUGGGCCGGUUGCACUGGAUCAGUUCCGAGAAGCUGCAGAAGUUUAUCCUGUCGUGUCAGGAUGCGGAAACGGGAGGUUUUUCCGAUCGCACAGGGAACAUGCCGGAUAUUUUUCACACGCUCUUCGGCCUGGGAGCUCUGUCCCUGCUGGGUGACAACCGACUACGCAAGGUAAAUCCUACAUUCUGUAUGCCGCAAUACGUUAUCGAUCGAUGCAAUGUCGAUCCGAAGGUUGUCGUUCCUUGAGGUCGGAAGGAGUGAAACAUGCAUUUGUUUUUUGUUUACGUAGAUACAUAUAUUCAACCAUU